AUGUGGGCAGUUGCAUCCCGAGAAUGGAGACGAGAUGACCAAGGCAAUUGGCACGGCGUCACGAGGUACUUGGCAGCCUGCCGGCCGAACCGCUGUCUGGUCAAUCAUCAACCUUGCCCGACAUGCGGAGGAUUCACAAGAGUCGAUCACACGACGGUAGCGGGCAUCGCUGCAGCCGGUAGCGGAGCACUCGAGGGACUUGGUUGGCGGGCGAGGGUUGACAGGUACAUGCGAGCAAGGUUGGCCAAGAACGCGAGACGGCAUUCUGGAGAAUGCGAUGGGCAGGCCAAAAGACGAUGUUUGCUCAUUUCAAGAUGGGUAUCACUGGGCGGCCUGGUUCCUAUCAUUUGCGUCUUGGGAGCGGGUGCUUCUCCAGAAUUUGUCGAAUCUUCGGGGUUCUUUUACUGGGCUGUUCCCUGUCAUCUCAUAGAGUUGCGGGAAUUUGCAAACUUUGAUGGUACCUUAUAG